UUGGACCGCCUGGCGCAGCCUGUACAAUUGUACAUUUCGACGUCUCGUGACCCAUACCUGAAUUUAUCAAUCGAGCACUAUCUGCUACAGAAGACUGCCCCGGAGUCGGCAGUGCUGUUCUUGUAUCUUAACAGGCCGAGCAUAAUUAUCGGCCGCAAUCAGAACCCAUGGCUGGAGGUCAACCUGGCUCUGCUUAAUCCAGCUCGCCAUCAUAAAUUAGAGACUGAGCCACCUGGAUUAGGCGCUGUUGACCUCGUGCGCCGGCGUAGCGGAGGCGGGACGGUUUUUCACGACGAAGGGAACGUGAACUGGACGGUCAUCUGCCAUUCGAAGGACUUCACCCGGGACAAGCAUGCGGAGAUGGUCGUGCGCGCACUCAGGAGCUGCGGCGUUGAUCGUAGCAGGGUCAAUGAGCGGCACGACAUUGUCCUCGAUCAAGGCGAACGGCUUAACCAUGUCGAUUCGAACGAUACUCACAAGACGGCUUAUAUGGUCGGCGAGGAGAGCUCAGCGCCGAGACCGCUUAAAGUGUCCGGGUCGGCUUACAAGCUGACGAGACAGCGAGCAUUGCACCAUGGAACAUGUCUACUGUCGAGUCCGAAUCUCAAUGUGAUACCUGACUACUUGCACUCGCCUGCCAAACCCUUCAUCGCAGCUCGUGGUGUGGAGAGCGUGAGCUCUCCAGUCGGCAAUAUACUGCUCGACAACGAGCAGUUUGUGCGCUCAGUGCAGGAACAAUUCGGUUCUAUGUACGGGCCCGAUCGAUCGAGCGCAAGCGUUGAGGUUGGUGAGGACUGGAAGGACGACUCGAGCAUUAUGAAAGGCUACCGCGAGCUACAGUCAUUGGACUGGACGUACUUGCAAACGCCACAAUUUACCAUCUCGAAUUCAGCAGACACGUCGGCGCAGCUGGCUUUGGAACUAACUGUGCGAAACGGACUCCUCCAUAGCGGCGCCAUCAUGCGCCGCCAUGAGGCUCGUCAGACAGCGCUCUCGGACCGCUCGAGGGGCGGCAAACUCCACGACAUUAGCUCGUGGCGAGAGGCGCUGCCGGCGAUGUUCAGUGGCCUUGAUCGGGACGAGCUUGAGCGACUAAGCACUUGGCUGCAGCAAAUGCUGCCC